UUUUUUUUUUUCCAGACAGAGUUUAGUAACUGUUUAGCAACCCCUUGUCCUCCAUAAAAGUGAUAUUGGUGCAUUCACUAUGGAUGAGCUAUAAUCACGCCUACUGAUAGCCAAUAAAUUUUGUGAAGUUUUUCUUAGCUCAUAUCAAUUUAGAUACAUGUCGAUCAACAAGUAAUUUGGUCAGUUUGGUGUACAGCAGACCAACCAGGAAAUACGACUCCAUCGUGGUCUAAAAUUCCUCGAACUAAUUAUUUCCAAAUUGGACAGUUUGUAGUGCUUUCAGAUAUCGUUAUUACGAGUUCUUUUGAUUGACAAGGGUACUCUGUGAGUACAUGACGUGCAGGAUUCUUUAAUUCCCCGGGGUGCGAUAAACAUCCGAUGUCUCUAUAUCGCCAAGUGGAUGGAAAAUUAUCAGGUCUAUAUAGGCUGUCUAGGAUAUAUGGUAUCAAUGUACCAAUAACACAGUUCAGGACUAGCAGGGCUAAGGACUGAAUUCGAAAUUUGGCUAUGUUCCGGAGUGUAAUCGAUAUAUAUCGGGGGAUAAAACAAUGUUAAUGAAGAACAUGCUGUGUGACGCAGUGAUCCGAAACACAAACAAAGAGAAGUUCAACAACGACGGAUCAUUUACCGUUUCCGAGCUACGCAGAUAUAAUUUAGUACGGCAGCGUUUAAAAGAUUGUGCCGCUUGUAAUUAGCUGGAGGACGCUGAGAAUUCACUUAACAUGAUCAUGACUCGAAAAAUCCUUCCGACAUGGAGGCGCUACCUGACGGUGGAACCUGUAAUAUUUUUCUACGCAUACGGACUACUGACGAGUAUGCCGAUCUGGAGGCAGUACAUCUACAGCGUUAUCAGCGAGAAGAAAGGUUUCCCUUAUGAUGAGUUACUGUUGGGACAAGAUGAGCCUGGCUGUGCAGAACAUUUCACUGGGCCAAAUUCCACCUCUCUAAAAGAACUAGAACAAGAGGGGAACAGAAAGAAACUGUAUGGUAACUUUCCACUCUUGUCAACAGCAAUCAUUCAGAUGCUUGUCUUCAUGGGUGGUGUCCUGAGUCAGUUGACCAGCGGUCUAUGGAUCCAGAAGUUCGGGUUUAUCGCUCCAACGUGGCUCAUACUCGCGUGUCAAAUAGCUUCUGUCCUCGGCGCUAUUUUUCUUGUUCCAGAACCUCACGACCGAGUGACUAACAAGGACAACAAAUUCUUCGAUCUCAAGAGCUUAAAGGCACUUGUAAACGUCUUCAGAAAGAAGCGAGAAGGUGGAAGAAAAUCCCUAUUGCUUCUAGUUUGCGCUGGGGCAGUUGUCACCCUAACAACCCUGGGUCUUGGGGGCGUUACUGCUCUUUUUGUCAUGAGAAGUCCCCUUUGUUUUGGUCCCAAGCUCGUUGGGUACUUUUUGGCGUACAGAAUGUUUGUCUCUGGAGUAGGAGGACCCUUUGGAGUAAAGUUCUUAAGGAAGUUCUUCAGUGAGAUGACAACCGGUGCAAUAUCAAUUGUCAGUCAGAUUGGUGAAAUGGUACUUCUUGCGUUUGCAACUCGUACAUGGUUGGUCUACACCGCACCAGUGCUUGGCCUUUUCAAAUCAACUGUCAACCCAAUUUUUACCAGCAUAAUGUCAAGAGUAGUAGGAGCUGAUGAACAGGGUUCCUUGUUUUGCGCUUAUGGUCUCGUGAACGUCUUUUCCCAAUUUUUGGGUGUCAUGCUGUUCAACAAUGUGUACGAAGGCACUCUUGGCCUCAAAUUCAACGGCUUUGUGUUCAUUGUGUGUGCCGCUUUGAAAUUUAUUCCACUAUUUCUCCUCAAGUAA